AUGGACACCGAAGAGUUCCGUGUUAGGGGCAAGGAGAUGGUUGAUUACAUUUGCACGUACAUGAGUACUUUAAGCUCGCGGCGAGUGACUCCAUCCGUCGAACCUGGCUACCUUCGCGCUGCGUUGCCCUCCGAGGCACCAGAGCAUCCGGAGGACUGGGAUGACGUUAUGAAGGAUGUAGAGAAUAAGAUAAUGCCCGGUGUGACACAUUGGCAGCAUCCACAGUUCCACGCUUAUUUUCCGGCGGGGAACGCGUAUCCUUCUAUUCUUGGUGAUAUGCUUUCUGCUGGUAUAGGAUGUAUCGGGUUUUCAUGGGCUGCAAGUCCUGCUUGUACUGAAUUGGAAAUCAUCAUGUUGGAUUGGAUGGGAAAAGCUAUUGGCUUGCCUCCGGCAUUCUUAGCUCUUGAGGAGGGCAGCAAAGGUGGUGGUGUAAUAGAGGGUUCAGCGAGUGAGUGUGUUCUAGUGUCAAUGCUUGCCGCCCGCGCCGCGGCUAUCAAGCGACUCAAGCACCAAUUCCCAACGGUCGACGAGGGACUUCUGCUGUCCAAGCUAAUAGCCUAUUGUUCUAAAGAGGCCCAUUCAUGUGUCGAAAAGGCAGCUAUGAUUUGCUUUGUCAAGUUGCGGAUUUUACAGCCCGACGAUCAUGGAUCUUUGAGAGGGGAGACUUUAUACGAGUCAAUGGAAGAAGACGAACAAGCCGGUUUAGUGCCAUUCUUCGUCAGCACAACGUUGGGUACAACAUCCGGCUGCUCAUUUGACAACCUUCCUGAAAUCGGGCCCGUUGUUCGGAGAUACCCAUCGGUUUGGCUGCAUGUUGAUGCAGCGUAUGCUGGAGGUGCCUUCCUCUGCCCUGAACAUAAAUAUCACCUAGCAGGAGUGGAAUACGCUGACUCAUUUAAUACAAACCCUAACAAAUUUAUGUUAACGAGCUUUGAUUGUUCACUUCUGUGGGUCACCAACCGAUACCUUUUAACAUCGGCUCUGGUAGUAGAUCCUUUAUACCUGCAACAUUGCUAUGACCACACGGCCAUCGAUUAUCGCCACUGGGGUGUUGCCCUUAGUAGGAGAUUUAGGUCCCUCAAAUUGUGGUUUAUACUAAGAAGCUAUGGUAUCAGCGGCCUACAAAAGUACGUACGACGCCAUUGCGAACUCGCAAAAUACUUUGAAAAUCUUGUCAAGAAAGACGAAAGAUUUGAAGUCUGCAAUGAUGUCAAGUUAGGUUUAGUCUGCUUCCGACUUAUUUGUGGCCCUGAUGAGACUCCGAAACAAACAGAUGACUUGAACAAGAAGUUAUUGACUAAUAUAAAUGCAUCUGGAAAAAUCCAUAUGGUCCCUGCUUAUGUUCAAGAUAAAUAUGUGAUCAGAUUUUGUGUGGUCACUCAACAUGCCACUCGCGAUGAUAUAGAAACCGCAUGGGAUGUCAUAACUGACUUCGCUACUGAAUUACUGGAAGGACCGGACAAAGAAAGGGAUUUAAACGUCGAGCGCGCACGUCGCAACCGCGCGGCAUUAGCACACAAGCGAUCAUUUUUCGUGCGGAUGGUUAGCGAUCCGAAGAUCUAUAAUCCUGCGAUUAACAAAACACCACCUCCGGUUCCAACUACACCUUUGACUCCGCCCCCGAUGGUUCCAAUUACACCAGACACGCCAUCUGAGGCAGAAUCGGAGCUCGUGCCAUCUACACCGAAGCAGUCAUCGUGGAUUAGUUGGCCUUUGGCAUUCUUCUUCCAAAGCGUUGAUCACGAUGCUAACGACUUGCCGCUCAGAUUCCGGCACUUGGACACGAUGGUGCGUUUGAAGAGCCCUAACCACGGCCGUCGCGGAUCCUCCCCCGGAGCUUCGCCUGAACGCCGCGCCCACUCACCCCAUUAA